UCCUCGCGUGGAGCUCAUGUAGGUAGUCACAUCUACGCGUUCAUUUUCGGUUUUGCUCUGAGAACAGUCUUCAGAGAGGGUAUACUAGACCCAGAGAGACACCACCGUCAGUGUUUUUGAGUCUGCCGAGAAGAGAAAUGGAGAACGGCCUGUCUACAACCGGGGACAGCAGCCUGGACGAGGCUGUGAGGCUGUGGCUGCAGUAUGACAAGAAUCCAAAGACAGCUUUGAUCGUGCAGGACAUGGUUAAAGACGGAGCGGUGGACGCUCUGAAGAAAUGUUUCUCCUCCAGAAUGGAGUUUGGCACGGCAGGUCUGAGAGCUCCCAUGGGCCCUGGCAUUUCCUGUAUGAAUGACCUCACAAUCAUCCAGACCACGCAGGGUUUCUGUCGUUACCUGGAGGAGAGUUUUGGGAACCUUAAGGAACGAGGGGUGGUGAUUGGUUAUGAUGCCCGGGCCCAUCCACCCAGUGGGGGCGGCAGCAAGCGCUUUGCCAGCCUGGCUGCAGCUGUGUUCAUCAGCCGAGGGGUGCCGGUGCACCUUUUUUCUGACAUCACCCCAACACCCUUUGUGCCUUUCACUGUGUCUCACCUGGGUCUGUGUGCUGGGAUCAUGGUGACCGCCUCUCACAACCCGAAACAGGACAACGGCUACAAGGUGUACUGGGAGAACGGAGCUCAAAUUGUGUCUCCUCAUGACAAAUGUAUUGCCAAGGCCAUAGAGGAGGACCUGGAGCCUUGGCCUGAGUCCUGGAACACAGAGGAGGCCCUGAAGAGCCCCUUACUGAAAGAUCCCUUCCAGGACAUCCACACAGAAUACUUCAAAACCAUCCAGAAGCACUGCCACAACAGGGACAUCAACAAGAGUUCAGAGGUGAAAAUUGUGCACACAUCGGUGCACGGCGUCGGCCACACAUUUGUCCAGUCAGCUUUCAAGGCCUUUGACCUACCCCCUCCAUACCCUGUGGAAGAACAGAAAGAUCCAGAUCCUGAGUUUCCCACCGUCAAAUAUCCCAAUCCUGAGGAGGGAGAAGGAGUCCUGACACUGUCAUUUGCACUGGCAGAGAGGGAGGGAGCCACAGUCGUGCUAGCAAAUGAUCCUGAUGCUGAUCGACUGGCAAUAGCAGAGAAACAGGAGAGUGGACAGUGGAGGUUGUUCAGUGGUAAUGAAUUAGGAGCGCUGCUGGGCUGGUGGAUGUUUCGCUGCUGGAAGCAGCAGAACCCUGAUGCUGCUGCUGUGAAAAACCUCUACAUGCUGUCAAGCACUGUCUCAUCCAAGAUUCUGCGUGCCAUCGCUCUCAAGGAAGGCUUCCACUUUGAGGAAACACUAACCGGCUUCAAGUGGAUGGGAAACAGAGCCAGAGACCUUUUGGACCAGAGCAAAACUGUCGUGUUUGCAUUUGAGGAGGCAAUAGGAUAUAUGUGCUGUCCCUCUGUGCUGGACAAGGACGGAGUGAGUGCUGCAGCAAUAUCAGGAGAGAUGAUUUCUUACCUGGCCACAAAAAGCACAAGUCUUUCCCAGCAGCUCACUAACAUCUAUGAAGAGUAUGGCUAUCACAUCACCAAGAACUCCUACUUCAUCUGCUAUGACCAGAAUGUGAUUAGCAACUUGUUUGAACGCCUGCGCAACUAUGGUGGCCAGAAGGACUCAUACCCUACUGAAUGUGGUCGCUUCUCCAUUUCUGCUGUACGAGACCUGACAACUGGCUAUGAUAGCAGCCAGCCCAAUAACAAGGCUGUUCUUCCCACCUCCCGUUCCAGUCAGAUGAUCACAUUUACUUUCUCCAACGGUGGUGUGGCCACCAUGAGGACCAGUGGCACUGAGCCAAAAAUCAAAUACUACACUGAACUCUGUGCUGCUCCUGGCAACAGUGAUGUGACACAGCUGAAAAAGGAAUUGGAUGAGCUGGUUGAUGCCAUUGUUGAAAACUUCCUGGAGCCUGAGAAGAAUAAGCUGCAGCCCAAGCCAGUUUAGCCCAUGAUAAACAUAAUACUGCAUUCAGGACCAGCUAUGACUUAUAUCUCAGACCAGUGGUUGUCUUAAUAAUUCAGAAGGGAUUCAUGCUUUGACAUUAGCUUUAUUUUACAGUUAUAACAUAGUUUAAUAUAGGUUUUAUAUAACAAGACUUUUUCCCAGAUUUUUUUGCCAGUUGGACCAAAAUCACAUGUAAUCAUGAAUCUGCCUUUACAAUCAUCACCUGCAGGUUUAAUGUUAAAUCCUUACCUCUAAUUUUUGGCUUUAAUUAAUAGAUCAGGGCCGGGUUUACUUUUGUCACAGUAUAUCACAAGAGAUGUAUUUAUACUUCAGUUCACUACUUGAGGUUUGAACAAGAACAGUAAAAAAUAAGUUGAUGCCUGUGGUGUUGAGUUACAUCUGUUUACCGAUAACAAUCAUGAAUUCCACAUUGCUAUACAGUGCUGACACGAGGACAGAAAUGUUAAUGAGAGCUGUUAAAACUGUGUAAUUAUGAUGAAUGCUGUGAACAGUUUUUAAGAUGAGAAUUUAUAAUUUGACACAUGAAAUUAAGUUAUUGAAAAUAACAGCAGAGUAUUUAUUUUAAGAGUUACGAAAAUGCCAUACAUGUGAGUUUACUGAUUUUCAAAAUGACUCAGCCCAAAGCUUAGGGCGCCACCAUGUGGAGAUAUUGUACUCACACUUUUCAAACUGGCCCAUUCUCGCUGACAAAGGGACUCAGUCACGUUUUCAGUAAGACCUCUUCACUUAUUACUAACUGGUUCUAAAACUGUGUGAUUAGCAACUCUGCUUUCCUGUUGUGCCUCAUAUUCCUAAACACUGUGCUGACGAUGGGAUUUCAUUCAAUAAAACAAACUGAAACAGA